UAAAUGUUCAAAGGUCAAAUACAUCAAUAGUGAAGUAUGUAAAACAAACCAUAUAAUUGUCAUUUCCUAUCUAUUCUAUUAGAUGUAAUAAUAUUCAUUUGUCAAUGUGUUGAUUGGUUUCAAUGAAAUGUCAUGACAAUAUGAUUUAUGCUUAUACCUAUAUCUAUCUAUAUAUACAUUUAUAUCUGAAUGUAAUGAUAACACAUAUAUAAAUAGAUUUGUGCACAUUUAUACAAAAGUAUAUUGGUGUAUUAUUAAUACUAUUACAUUAUUAGUCUAAUACUUUCAUUUGAUAUCUAUAUCAUUUUUUGUAAUAUUAAAUAAUGUGAUAUGUUACUAAGUGAUCCAUUGAUCAUUUAAUAAAUCUAUUUUAAAUAAAGAUCCGUUUCUUUGAAUUAACAUUUUUAAGACAACAACAACCACCACCACCACAACAACAAAAACAACAAGAAAAAAACAAAAAAAGGAAAACAAAAAUUAAAAAAAAACGAAUUGAUCAUAUAGUGUAAAAGAUAUCCCUUUCUUUCUCAUAAAAAAAAGAAAAAAGAAAAAGAAAAAAGAAAAAAAAGAGAAAAAUUAUAAUUUUCAUCCAUUCAUCUAAUCGAUUUAAAGGAUUUUAUUGAGAAUAAUGAAAAUGGAACAAAAUAAAAGUCAAGGAAUUUAUAAAUUUGUAAGUAUAUAUAUUCUUUUAAGAAAUAUAAUUCUUUUAUAUGAAUAUUGGAUAGCUUCGAAGAAAUAAUACAUCCAAUUAUAAAUCUUCAAAUCAACGUUUAAGUAAUGAUAAUAUAAAAUAUAAACUUUAAGAUCUGAAUAUUUGUUUAAAUCACCUAAUUGGAGCAACUCUUUUGAAACGCGUAAUAUCACUUGGGAGUCAGAAUCGAUGGGUAAUGCACAAGCUGCUAAAAAGGGUGAUCCGGCCGAUGUGAAAGCUCUUCUGGAAGAAGCAAAGAAAGAAUUUCUAGAAAAAUGGGAGAAGCCUGCUCAGAACACGGCCACUCUGGAUUCAUUCGACCGAAUCAAAACGUUAGGCACUGGGUCUUUCGGACGCGUGAUGCUAGUCCAGCACAAAGUCAGCAAGGAGUAUUAUGCUAUGAAGAUUUUAGACAAACAAAAGGUGGUGAAGUUGAAACAAGUUGAACAUACGUUAAACGAAAAGCGUAUAUUACAAGCUAUUUCGUUUCCGUUCCUUGUCCGGUUGGAUUAUCAUUUCAAAGACAAUAGCAAUUUGUAUAUGGUUUUGGAAUUUGUUAAUGGGGGAGAAAUGUUUUCCCAUUUAAGACGCAUCGGUCGUUUCAGUGAAAGUCAUUCACGAUUCUAUGCUAGUCAAGUGGUGUUGGCAUUUGAAUAUCUACAUCAUUUAGAAUUAGUCUACAGAGAUUUGAAACCGGAAAACAUUCUUAUCGAUCAAUAUGGAUAUUUAAAGAUAACAGAUUUUGGUUUUGCUAAACGUGUGAAAGGUAGAACAUGGACUCUAUGCGGUACACCAGAAUAUUUAGCUCCUGAAAUUAUUCUAAGUAAAGGUUACAAUAAAGCUGUUGAUUGGUGGGCACUUGGUGUAUUAGUUUAUGAAAUGGCAGCUGGUUAUCCACCAUUUUUUGCUGAUCAACCAAUACAAAUUUAUGAACGUAUUGUAUCGGGAAAAGUUCGUUUCCCGUCACACUUUAGUUCUGAUUUAAAAGAUUUACUAAGAAAUCUUUUACAAGUUGAUUUAACUAAGCGUUUUGGAAAUUUAAAAAAUGGUGUUAAUGAUAUUAAAACACAUAAAUGGUUCGCAACAACUGAUUGGUUCUCUAUUUUUAAACGUGAUAUUGAAGCACCAUUUACACCAAAAUGUUCUGGUGCUGGAGAUGCAAGUAAUUUUGAUGAUUAUGAAGAAGAACCAUUACGUAUUGCUACAACAGAGAAGUGUGCAAAAGAAUUUGGUGAAUUUUAAAUAUUAAUGACGAAAAUAUUAAUAAUAAUAAAUGAUUAAUUAAAUUAACAAUUGAACAUUUGAUACUGACUGUAAACAAACACAACCAUUAUCAGUUGUUACUAUUACUACUACUACUACUACUACUACUACUAAUAAUAAUAAUAAUAAUAAUAAUGAUAGUGGUUCUAUUAUCAUUAUUGCUUUCCAAGUGCUUAUUAUUUCCAACUUGUUCUCACCAAUGAUUUUUAUUGUCACCUGUUUUCUUCUGAUUUGUUUUUAUCGGCCUGUUCUUUUUUUGCAUUGACUUUCAUUUAUCGCAGUGAAUUUUGCUGUCUUUCUUCAUCUUUCUCUUUGUGUUAUGCAUAAAGAGUUGCCUAUCGUUGCCAUUAUUGCUCCAUCGGUCUCUUUCUUCAUUCAUCUGUUAUUAUUAUUAUUAUAUGAGAAAAGUGUUUAUUAUUACAGUAUACGAAUUCACACGAUAUAUAUAUAUAUAUAUAUAUAUAUAUAUCCUUGAAAAAAAAAAUAAAAAAACUCUGAUCUCAAUGAACAGUUAUAAAAUAUCCUUUUCUUGUGUGUAUGUAUGUUUGUGUGCAUGAGUUGUGGUUAUUCAUUUCCUUUUUUUCUUGUUUUAAUUCAUACUAUGAUUGUAAACUAUAAAACUAUUCUAUAAAGUACAAUUCCUUCGAUGAAUGUGAAGAUUUUUUUCGGCAUAAACUUUGUAAUUAUUCACUUAGAACAUAGCAAUAUUACUAAUAAACAUUGAAAAUAAUAAUUUUAAUGUACAUUAAAAACUAUAUCGUAAAUAUUUUUUUUUGUUUCGGCAUCUAUCUAGAAAAUUCACUUUCAACACUUCAAUAGUUUAAGUAAAAAAAAUUUUGUAAUCAUUUAUGCUUGUAAUUGUUAUUUUUUCCAAUGGCUACUAUUAUUACUAGCAUAUACUACUAGUACCAUUAUCAAUACUAAUACUAAAAUGUUUCUAUGAUAACUGAAUUACAUUGAUAAUAUCUCUUCAUAUUUUGUAUGAUUUGUUUUAUGGUUUAAAUAGGUUAAAUCAAAUGUUCCGUUUCUAUUGAUGAACUAUUACUUAUAGUUUAUUUUCCCCCUUUUUUUUAAAAAAAAAUCCAUCACUAUACUUCAUGCUCACGUUUAUAUCUUGAUUAUCUUAAAAGAAAAGAAUAUUGGCAUUCCAUUAUUAUUAAUGAGUUGAAACAUUCUGGAAGCGUUUGAUUUGUGAGCACAAUAGAAAUAUUGUUCAUCUUAUUAUCUAUUCCUUUAACCAUUCUGUUAUGCAUCAUACUUUCUUUUUUCUCUCCCUCUUUUAUGUUACUCAUUAUUUUAAACACUUUGAAAAUGUGCAUGUUUAAAAGGAAUAUUGUUAAUUUCAUGUGAAAACAAUAUACAUUCAAACUAUACACGUCAAAAAUAUAUACAAGUUAAUGAUGAAAUUACUCCCUUACUGAUGACGAUUUUUUUUCCUUCACAAAAAAAAUUAUGUUUUUGUUUUCUCAAUCUAUUUCAUAAUGUAUGUUGUCUUGCUUAACACAAACUAAUCCUUUGUUUGCUUGUUCGUUUUUUCUUCUCUCUCAUCAAUGUAUUUGCUGUCUUUUAUUUCGUUCAAUAAAACAACAACAGCAGAACAAGUUUUAUUCCCCUUUAUAAAAUCAAAUAUUCCCACUCUGCUUUUUUAUUUCGAAUUAUCCACUACAUCAUUUUAUUUCAAUUUGUAAAUAUACGUGUGCAUGUGUGCGUGUGCGUGCCCGUGUUUACUGUUACUUUUUGACAAUUGAAUAGUAAAAAAACACAAUAAUAAUUCAAGUUGUUUUCCUUAUGAUGUUUGUUCGAUAGUGUGAUUAUUUUGUUUGUUUGUUUUGUUUUGUUGUUGUUGUUUUUUUCUCAACCUAAACAAAAUAUUUAUAUUAGGUCAUUAUAUAACAAACAAUUCAUGAAAAUUGAUUAUGGUUAAGUUCAUCCAUAGUGAUGUUGUGUGAUCUAAUUUAUCUAAAUGAUUGUCAUUCUUUUUAAUAGACUAUUUAUCGAUGAAUGAGUACUGUUAGUGUUCUUUGAUUACAUUCAUAUAUAUAUCUACACUGUCAUAUUAGCGCAUAUAUAUAUACACACACACCCAAUAACAUUUUUAAUUGAUUGUCACCCCUAUUUGUUUUCUUCUUUUUCAUAUUAUCUAUGUUGUUUACUUGUUUGUCUAACAAUUAUAAUAUAACUGUAAUAAUAGUGAAUAAAUCCUUAUAGAGAUAAUAAUAAUAAUAAUGCCCUAUUUUCAGUCGGAACAUAUUUCUAUUGUUAUUCACAUCUCUGCUUAAUCAUAGUUUUUUUCCAAUUCACCUAUUGAUACUACUUACUACUUAAUUGUUUUUUUUAAAAAAAAAACAAUUUGUGUAUGUUUACAUAUGAGUGAAGAAAAAUAAAAGGGAUAUGCCCAUGUGUAUGUACGCAUACACUUGCAUACGUAUAUAUGUAUUUCUCAUCAUUGUUGGAAAAAAUAUAUAAUAAUAUGUGAAUAGGUUUGUUAUAUCUUUUCAAUGAAUUAUUGAAUAAAUAAAUAAUUUAUUCUAACUA